GGUGCGAAACAAUACAUUUGUCAACUUUUCUGUAUUGGAAUGAUAAAUAGGAAUGGAUGUUUGUAAAUGUUUAAUAAAACGCUUGUUGUUAAUUAUAACUUUAACCUUGACGGACUGGAAGAAACGGCUUUCGCCAAAGUCCACAUCUCUUUUCUUCUUGCUUAAAAAGCAAGAUUGAUACAGAUACAGAAAUGAUAAGUGAGCAGUAUUUGAGACAAGUUAAAAGAAGUACCAGCAGCAAAAUUCUUCGCCAUCUGUGUACCGUGAAAUCUGGGAAUUAUGUUAAUAAAUCUAAAUAAUCUAAAACUAGCUAACAUAUAAUUAAUCUAAAGUGGCUAACAAAUCUAAAUAAUCGAAACAUCAUGUAAACAAGGGGCACCCAAUUGCAAACUUUUACCAAGCAUAUUUCUAUGAAACGUAACAAGUGGAUUUUUAUUAAACUGUUUCCAGAAAUCAAGCCUUGCUUAUGUAGCACAUUAGGUAGGUAGGUCACACGCACAAUAUGUAUUAAUAUUUUUUCAAAAUAUUCACUCAUGUAUAUGUGCAAGAUAAUGAAAGUUAUGUAGAUGAAUGUAUUUUAUGUAGUUUCAAAGAAGUACAUUGCGUAAAUUUUCAAUUAACCAACCGAAUUUCCAUUUGUGCUGAGCAUAUAUAUCAUCUAAGUUGUAUUAUAACAAAGCUUAUAGUUCUCUGUGUAGCGGACAAACAUCAGGUCUAGCGGAAUGUAACCAUACGAUGGAAGAAACGAUGUUUUAGAAGAUCUUAUGGAUAGCAAUACAGAUGAGAAACCCUAUGUGUGUGAAGAAUGUAAGAAGUCAUUUAGUCGAAAGAGCAAUUUGAACAAGCAUAUGCUUAUUCAUACUGGAGAAAAACCUCAUAUGUGUGAAGUAUGUAAGAAAUUGUUUAGUCAAAAAGGAGGUUUAUACAUGCAUAUGCGUAUACACACGAGAGAAAAACCUCAUAUGUGUGAAGUAUGUAAGAUGUUGUUUAGUCAAAAAACUCAUUUAAAGGAGCAUAUGCUUAUUCACACAGGAGAGAAAUCUCAUGUGUGUGUAGUAUGUAAGAAGCUGUUUAGUCUAAAGGGUAAUUUAAAGAAGCAUAUGCUUAUUCAUACAGGUGAAAAACCUCAUGUAUGUGAAGUAUGUGAAAAGUCAUUUAGUCGAAAGCGUAAUUUGCACGACCAUAUGCUUAUUCACACUAGAGAAAAACUUUAUAUGUGUGAAGUAUGUAAGAAGUUGUUUAGUCAAGAGAGUAGUUUAAAGAAACAUAUGCUUAUUCACACAGGAGAAAAACCUCAUACAUGUGAACUAUGUAAGAAGUCAUUUAGGCAAAAGCAUAGUUUAAACAAACAUAUGGUUAUUCACAUGGGAGAAAUACAUCAUAUAUGUGAAGUAUGUAAAAUGUCAUUUAGUCAAAAGAGCAGUUUAAAUGAGCACAUGUUUAUUCACACUGGAGAGAAGCCUCAUGUAUGUGAAGUAUGUAUGAUUGCAUUUAGUAAAACAGAUAGUUUAAACAAUCAUAUGCUUAUUCACACUGGAGAGAAAUCUCAUAUAUGUGAAGUAUGCAAGAAGUUGUUUAGUGAAAAGGCUGAUUUAAACAUGCAUAUGCUCAUUCACAGAGGAGAAAAACGUCAUGUGUGUGAAGUAUGUAAAAAGUCAUUUAGUGAAAAGGGUAAUUUAAAGAAGCAUGUUCUUAUUCACACAGGAGAGAAACCUCAUGUAUGUGAAGUAUGUGAAAAGUCAUUUCGUCGAAAGGAAAAUUUGAAUGAGCAUAUGCUCAUCCACACUGGAGGUAAACGUCAUAUGUGUGAAGUAUGUAAGAAGUUGUUUAGUCAGAAGGGAGGUUUAUACAUGCAUAUGCUUAUUCACACAGGAGUGAAACCUCAUAUGUGUGAAGUAUGUAACAAGUUGUUCACUCGGAAGGGAGGUUUGGACAUGCAUAUGUUAAUUCACACAGGAGCAAAACCUCAUAUCUGUCAAGUAUGUAAGAAAUCAUUUAGUCGAAAGGAUACUUUAACCAAGCAUAUGGUUGUUCACACUCGAGAAAAAAAUCAUAUUUGUGAAAUAUGUAAAAAGUCAUUUAGUAGAAAGGAUACUUUAAACAAACAUAUAAUCGGUCAUACUGGAGAGAAACAUCAUCUGUAUGAAGCUGUUUAGUGAAAUGUGCAUAUGCUCAUUAACAUUGGAGAAAAACCUCAUGUGUGUGAAGUUUUCAAGGAGUAUAGGCUUAUUCACACAGGAUAAAAACUCUGUGUGUCUUAAGUAUGUAAGCAGUCAGUCAUUGGAAAAGGUAGUUUAAACAAGCAUAUAAAUAUUCUCGCUGCAGAGAGAUAUGCAAUGUAAAAUGUCAUUUAUACUGAAGAUUGAUUUAAAUCUACAUAGGGCACAACUAUAUGUGAAAGAAAUUUUGAGAUUUAGGUAUAUAACAACUGAUUUGGAGAGAUGAACCUGAAUAAGCAUAUUGAUCUAUACCAGCGGUUCUCAACCUUUUGACUAACGCGUACCAUCUAAACAAAAAUUGAAAACCUUUAGUACCACCACUACAACAAAGUACUACUACCACCGUGAACAAAGCUCAGAUCGCAUAAAUUUCUGAGAGAAAACUCAAUCAGGAUGUUGGGGCUUUAAUUUUUGAAUUUAACAGUUAAAAAUAUUUUUCUUCUUUACAUACCACCUAUUUUUCUCUCGCGUACCACCGUUGAGAACCUCUGAUCUACAUAGUAGAGAACCUGUUUUUUUAGCAUAUGCUAAAUUAGUAACAUGCUAUACCUGCGAAUGAAUUAAGGCAUGUCUGUGCAAUAAAACCUGAUUAUCUUAUCUCAAGACUGAGAUCAGUUCCACCAGAUUGCUGAAUAUCUUAGUUUUUUUAAAUAUAUUCAUUGUUAAGAUUUGUAGAUUUUAAUGCUGGGAGAUAUAAAACCUACCACUGAGGCUGUGUUAGAUAUGUAAAUGAUUGUUUGAUCAAAAUGAAAAUAUAUAUAUAUAUAUAUAUGUUUUCACAAGAGAAAGCAUAUCAUUUAUGAAGAUAAAUUUUUUAAGUUAUUCUAAACUUCUGUGGGCUUUGAAUUAAACUCUUGACUUUUUCUGAAUUUAAUACAGAUACCAAGCACAGCUUUGUUAUUAAUGAUAUAAAUGUCUUUCUUAUGCAUGUUAUGAAAUAAUGUGUUAAGUACUUCCAUUGAUGGUAAACAAAACCUGAAAAUCAAGUCUGUCCUGCUCCAGCAUCAAAUGUGCCAGUGUAUUAUGUUAUAAAAAACUAAUAGAUGGUUACCACGUAUUGUGUUGGGAAUGAGAAAUUAGGUUUUUCUCAAAUAUUUCAAGUCAGAUUUUGGACAUACUAAGUAGAACAACCCCAUCUGUUACACAAGAAAUUCGGAAAAAAUCAUUUCGAUGCAGCGUUCUUCUAAUGGCAGGAUUAAGCUUAUCCUAAAAUUAUUCUGAAGGCUCGUUUGCAUUAUAAAAUUCUGAAUCAGAGAAAUACAUAUGAAAUUGAUGAUUGCUUUUGAAUCGGAAUUUGAUUAAUCUGAUAUAAACUUGGGAAAUAAAAUGCUUGAAUUCUGAAUAUGUGAGAUGAAAAGUUUGACCAGUCAAAGAUAUGGAAGUUAUCAAGAGGCAAUUUGUUGAUGCUGCAUGCUGAGCAACAUUGUGCAAAUGUCAGUUGCAAUAAAUAAUUUUAUCAAUAAUUUAAAUGUUGCAAAUCAUCUUUCUUUAUAAAAUGAAAAAUAAAAAUGUUCUCAAAGCUAAAA